AUGCCUUGUGGGGCCUUGCAGCAGGAAAACGAACCUGCAAGAAGGCGCCAUGAACGCCAGAGCUUGGGCUUCAAAGUCGCUUGCCACGGUAUCAAUAGGAGAAGCGAGCACGAGCAGAGGAGCUUCGCAGAUACGGGAAUGUCGGUGAUAAAAAAGGAAAUGGAUGAAAGCUACAUGGCUGGUGUGCUGGGUAGAGUAUGUCUAGAGAGCUCGGUUUUGGCUGAUUCUCCUUUCAAGCUCAAGCUCAUAUUUGGUUAA